CUCAGUAAUUGCUCCUUCCCCACAACCGGCGAUGUUCGACAAGACAUCUUUUCGUCUGAAAUACCGCCAUGAGAUAGCAAAAGCUUCACGAAGCCGAGUGCUGCUCCCAUAGCGCACCAUGGCGCCCACACCUGGAGUUGUCAGCAUUCCCUCCUCGCCCUCGUUCGAUACUGAAGCCGCAUCGCAGCAGCUCCUCGCCGAAGCCAUUAGUCCUGUCCGGUGCCACACUACUACUCCCACCACAACGUCAAUUGCUGCCCAGCGCGGCGCAACUCUUCUCAACGCAGCACGCGCGUUGCCCAAGCCGCUAGUUAUGACGCCGGCCCCAGCGACAAGAGGCGGGAAGUUGCCCAAGUCAGGACCGCCGAAGUUUUCCAAGCUCCCUAAGACGGGUGGUCUCAAACGAGUGAGCCUAUCUAGUCUGGUCUCAGAGGGCUCGCAGAAGAAGGCUCGAGGCAAGCAGAUGUACGACGUCGGCCCCAGUCCGGAGAAGAAGCGAAGCUCUCUGCCUGCGCAGAUUGCUGCCCUCGAAGACGAGGAGGACGUCAUUCUGCCGGAGACGAGUCAGGUGCAGCCAAACGAUGACGAAUCUGCUGAGAUCCCCGAGACCCUCGAUGUCUCCGCGCCAACGGAAGCUUUCGGCGACAAUGACAUUCUCGAUCCUCCUACAUCGCCUGUAGCAUCCUCAGAGGAAGUCGCUCCGGCUACGAAGAAGCAGCGAGGACGACCGAGGAAGGGUGGCGAUAGCGUAUCGUCACUUGCAGCUGAAGAGGUGGAAUUUGAACAACCGGCCUCCUCAGUCACAGAGCUAUCAGACGAAGAUGCAUCCUCGGCACCUAAGAAGCGCAGAGGACGGCCACGGAAGAGCGGCGACAGCGUAGCGUCUCGAACCAAUGAGGCUGGCGGUGCCAAGCCCCAAGAAGAAGUUCAGAAAAGGGGGCGAGAAGAGUCGCCUGCGGCGCCUAAGAAGCACCGAGGAUGGUCACGGAAGAGUGGUGACAGCAAAGCGUCCCAAACUUCUGAGGCAGGCGCUGCUAAGCUACAGGAUGAAGAGGUCCAGGGCAAAGUCCGCGUAGAGCAUGCGCAACCUAUUCCGACUGUCAAAACUAAGCGCAAGGCAAACCCUGAUGGUCACAUUGACAAAACUACCAGUUUUGAGCCCAGUAAUAAGGGCAGGCCGGCGAAGAAAUUGAAGAAAUUGAAAGGACCCAAGAUGGUAAAUCCGGGCGAACCUUCAUUCAAGGACGAUGUGCUGGCGCCAAUAGCCACUCUACGUCAGGAUGCACCACAACAAGUACCCAAGGAUGCCCGGCAAGAGUCACGAGAAGUAAGACGACAGGAGAGAGGACAGGAUGCACAGACACUCGCCCAGUCUCGUGCCGAAGUGCGGAUACUCUACAGACCCACACAUUCUCGCGCCACUCGGGCACAGGCUGAGCCUGCAACCACAUCAGAGGCCAUGAUAACAGCGGUGCCUGUUGCUGCAAUUGGACGCAAGGGCAUGGCUGCACAGCGCAUAGCCCAAGAGACGAGGGCCGCGAUACUUGCGUCUGCUCCCGAGCCUGUAAAGCGGAAGAACAGGAGCCGGAAAAUUCAGAUCUCCUCUCUUCAUCCUGCUCCGGCGACAGAGGUUGAUGGCGAGAACGACGAGGAAGCUGCGCAGGCAACGGCUGAGCGAAACGGAAACCGUCACCUCAAUGGAAGUCGUGUAUCCGCCGCUGACGAUACCAACGAUGAUGCCGAGGAACAAAAUGACGGGCAGGAAGGCGACGUUGAGAUAGAUUCUACCACCCACAACCAGGCAAGCAGCGAAGGCCAGGACGGUGAGCGGCAUGAUGAGCAGGAUGAAGAUGCUGAAGACGAGGAUGCCGAGGAAAAAGAUGCCGAGGACGAAGAUGUUGAGGGUGCCGGUGGGCGAGAUGACGAUGAUGCUACCACUGAACGCUCAACACUCCCGACGCUGGGUACAGUCUUCAACUUCGUCCACGACGGAGAGCGUCCAGGGCUUUGCGCAGUUGGACUGGCAAGGCAGAUCCACCGCACGUGUGACAGGGCACUUGUCACGCUGAGCGGAGAAGGCUGCUCGUUCGAUCAAAUCACGGCAAGCAAAGACAACAUCAUUCACCGUCUCGCCAGCAUCCGUACCAACAUUCAAGAAGACACUCGUUGCGAUUUCAAGCGUGACGCCUUCGCCUAUCUCUUCCGAGUUUUGACUCGCGUCCUCGAAGCUAUGCACGACAACUUGCAAGAGAAAGUGGGUGAAGUCAGGGAGUCACUCGAGGCCAUGCAAGUCCUGCAUCCCUUCAUCUGUGAGAUGCUCGGAUUCAAGGACACGAUGGACUCUUGGAAGGUCAAACUUCAAGGACGGGGUCAAGGUGAUAGAAUCAUCAAAGGCGUGGAAAGUGGUCUGAUUGCUCCCCUGCGGGUCGUAGAGAAGGACUUGAAGAAACGGCUAAGUGCCCUGCGGAAGGCAGAGCAAGAUCGACAAACCCGCAUUGAAUUCCAGCGACAACGAGAGAAAGAGGAACAGAAGAUGGUCAACAAGGAAGAAUCCCUACGCUCUAUGAGGGAACGGAGGAAGCGUUGGCAAGAUCUUCAUAUCGCACGCAUGCAGUGUGAGCCCGACCCACACCGAAGACGACGUCUCAGAUUCGUGGAGGUUCCUGCUAUGGCGGAGACCGAUGCGAAUGGGAAUCAGUUCGAACGUGUGCCGUUCUUCGGCGAGCGCAGCGCACCGCCGCCGUCUUCGGUUACCUUGAUUGGUGAUCGGGAAUGGUCUGAGAAGCAGGACACGGUGCUACUUGAUGCUCUUCAGUCAUCUGCAUCUCUAGAGCGCAUUUUCAGAAGACAUUGUGGUCCAGGUGGUGCCCUGCGCGACUUGUCGGUCUCUGACUUUGCAAACAAGUUGGCUUGGGUGCGCUCUGCGUGGGCGCAGCUGUCACAUCAGCAUGGCUGGGAGCUUCCAGAAUGGGUCAAGAAUACUCCAGUACUGCCCUAGAUUGCCACGGCUGUUUAUCCUCUACAUGAAGUAGUCUCGUUUCUCCCUGCGAUACCCAGACCCAAAGAUCAUUUUUACACGUUCGAUUGCUUCCAUGCUGCUGUCGGGCAGAUGACCCAUAAAUCGAAUUUUUCGUACUUGCGAUGCGCAUUCCACGAUCAUGCGGCUGUUAGCAAACUCUCUGUGCAUUCCCCUCUAUAUCAUCCUAUUCUCCUAAAAACUACUAUACCUAUCUCGCUCACGUAUAAAUACUCC